AGGGUUCAUGACGGCAAGAGGUAACCCAGACUGCCCCAGAUCAUCAAGAUAUGUUCUAAAAGAUUAUGUCAAUGGCAAAUUACUCUACUGCCACCCACCGCCAGGUGUCGGUGCUGGUCAAUAUGAGCCUACCCCAACUCCUGCUGAAGAAAGGAUGGUUAAAUUACAGAAGAAAGAGGAAAAGAAGAGAGUUACAGAGUAUGACAUGAAUGAUGUAGACAGGAUGUUUUUCACCAAGAUGAGCCUUCAGGCCCAUGCCAAGGGCCAGUCUUCCAGUGGGUCUGCAAGUUCUCAAAAUAGCAAACAGUCCUUGGUAGAGAAACCAUGGAAAAAACACAAUAAUAGGAAGAAGAAAGAGAAACUGAGAAGAAUAUAUGCCGAUUUAGAUAAACAUUGAAUAUUGGGAUCUGAUAAUUACAGUACAUAUUAAAAAGGACAAAUAUUAAAUACACCAGUAUGGGGUGGACGUCACUGGUGUGGGAAUAAAAAUGUCGCGAAAAAAACCACUUUACGUAGAAAAAUGUAUGAUAGAAAUUGGGAGUGAUCUUGAACCCUUGUCCAAAUUAUAAUUUAUUUUUAAAGAAUCAUUUAUCAUGGUAUUUUGUGAGACCCCCACCAAGCCAUGUCAGACCUUUUACUUAUUAUAACUGGUAUUGCAGCAGUAAAAUUGUGAACAGAAGAGAAAUCCUUGGGUUUUUUUUUUUUUUUUUUUUUUUGC